AUGCAUUUCCCCACUGCAGUCAUUGCCUCCGUUGCGGCCCUGGCACCUCUUGCCAGCGCUGUUGGUAACGCCAUCGUGACCAACCACUGCGACCAUCCCGUCUACCUAUGGUCCGUUGGCGGCAGUGUCGGCCCCAAGAAGACUAUCCAGGCAGGCGGCAAAUAUAUUGAGGCCCUGCAUCACGAUAGUGCCUCCGGUGGCAUUGCCCUGAAGAUUACCACCGUUGACAACGGGUUGUACGACGGCAGCCCUCAGACCAACUUUGCCUACACUCUGGACCCCGGCACAGUCUGGUAUGAUCUGUCAGAUGUCUUUGGCGAUGCAUUCUCUGGCAAGACCAUCGUCGUGCGGCCCUCCGAAACGACCUGCUCGAAGAUCUGCUGGACAGAGGGUGUCAAUCCAGGUGGCAGUCAGACCAAGACCUGCACCUCGGAUAGCAGUAUUAACUUGCAUCUCUGUGCAGCCAAGUGCUAA